CUCAAUUUUUGUAAAAUUUGUAAAUAAGGUGCAUUGUAUGUAUUGUAUUACAUGAUCUGAUCUACGUUGUUAUUUAUGAAUUGAAAUGCGACUAUAAACAUUGAAUAAAAUGGAAGUCUCUCAAGAAAAUAGGGUUGAAAAAGAACAUGAAGGUUCUAUCAGUGAAUUGUAUUCAACACCAAAAACACCAAUCAAAGCUCAAAAUUGUAGUAAAGAAGAUGCAGGAGUUUCAGGAACAAACUUAAGUUCACAAGUUGUUAAUGGGGAUGUUGCAUUAACUCCUACUAAUAGUUCAUUCACUCCUCAGCCACUUAAUCCACACAAUUCUAUGACUGCUUUAACACCUAUGCCAAGUGCAUCCACUCAAGCAAAAAGCAGUAUCAAGCUACAAAAUUGUGUUGCCACAGUCAGUUUAGGAUGUGAACUAAAAUUAUUAGAUAUUUACUGCAGAACAAGAUACUCUGAAUAUAAUCCUGCAAGAUUUCAAGGUGUUGUCAUGAAAAUAUUAGAUCCUCGAGCUACCGCCUUAGUAUUCAGAUCUGGGAAAAUAGUUUGUACUGGGACAAGAAAUGAACAUGAUUCAUAUGUAGCUGCAAGAAAAAUUGCAAGGAUUAUACAAAAACUCGGAUUCCCAGCAAAAUUUUUGAAUUUCAAAAUACAAAAUUUUAUUGCUACUGCUGACCUUAGAUUUCCAAUAAAAUUAGAAGCUUUACAGCAGGCACAUGGUCAAUUCUCCAGUUAUGAACCAGAAUUAUUCCCAGGACUUGUUUACAGAAUGGUGAGACCGAGAGUUGUCUUGCUUAUUUUUGUUAACGGAAAAAUGGUAAUUACAGGUGGAAAAUCAAGAACGGAAAUUAGUGAAGCUGUAGAUGUCAUAUAUCCUAUUUUAAGAAGUUACCGAAUUAGUUAACUCAUCUACGACGUAAAAUAUGUAACAAUUU